AUGGCAGAUGCUAAGCCCAAGGGCAAAGGCAGGCCCAGUGAAAAUCCUGCCGGCAAUAGGAAAAAAAAAAAAGAUACACAGCUCCGCCGCCGACACCGCUCCCUCCGCCGCCGCGAAAACUCCCUGCGGCGUCCGUCCGGCGAUUCGGAGACCAUGGGGAAGGCUGCGAGAACUGGGCUGCCGCCGCGCCGUCGCGGCCUCCCGGAGGAGAUCGUCGUCUGGGAGAUCCUGGUACGGCUUCCCCCCAAACCCCUCCUCCGCUGCCGCCAGGUGUGCCGCGCAUGGCGCCGUCUCACCUCCACCGGCGACUUCCUCCUCACCCACCACCGCCACCAGCCCACCCUCCCCCUCGUCGACAGAUACAAGUGCAACGAGGAGUUCCUCCUAGGCAUCGUUUCGCUCGACCGCCGCGCCGCUGCAGCCCGGCUCCAGCCCGUCGCCCAGCUCGAUGACACCUGCUACAUGAUGAGCGCUGAUGCCUCCUGCGAUGGCCUCCUCUUGCUCUCCAUCGGUGGAAUAUGGUGGUUCAUCUGCAACCCAAUCACGCGUCAAUUCGGUGCGCUCCACCUGCUUUGUGGCUUCAUGGUCAUGGGGUUCUACAAGCAUCCCCCUACUGGGGACUACCGACUGCUACUAUACCGAAAUCAGGAGCUGAUGAGUGAACAUCUGAUUCCUGGCGAUAGGAAUACCUGCUAUGUAUACACAUUGGGCUCCAGCGACGUCCCGAGGUGUAUCGGGUGGCCUGAGACGUCGGCGAGCGGCGCAACUGUUGUGCUCCAUUGUAGCCUGCAUUGGUACCAGAGGUCCCAGGAUAUGAUUUUGGUGUUUGACACCACAGCCGAGUCGUUCCGAUGGAUGCGCGCUCCAUCUGACAGGAUGAAGUGCACAUUGGAUAGCGGGAAUCUGUUUGACAUGGAUGGUAAGCUCGGCAUGUACUGCUCUAAUGAUGGAUGCACAAUUGUAGAUAUCUGGGUACUGCAGGAUUAUAAGAGAGAGAUCUGGUCUCUCAAGUACCAGGUGGAAUUGCCUGUUCCAGAGAUCAGGGGGAUGCUUGGUGGGGCUUAUCAUUGGAGUGCGAUGGUCUUAUCCCAGGAGGGGGAUGUGCUUGUGCUGGUUAGCUGUGAUCGAUGGCUAUUUUACAUUGACACUGAGGGCAACUUGUUGGCGAGUUUCCAACAUUAUGGUGAUGGCCUCUUUACUAUUGGACUGAAGCUGAAACCAAGCCUUGUUCAACAUGCAUUCUUUCCAUUGCUGGAUAGUUAUGCCGUGAAUGCUUCGCCUUUCAUCUGAUGUCUGUUCAAUGAGGUGGUGCUUCUUUUUAACAUUCUGAAUUAGAUGAAAUCCAAACGCACAAGCUUUUUGGUUAAGGACAUGUUGAUAGUCUUCUUUUAAUGAUCUGACAAAUACUUUGAUUGAUUAGCGAUGAAUAAUACAGCUCAUAUAGUUUCAUCGACAUAAUUCUGGAAGCCAUCUGGAACUGUAAUAUUGUGUACAUAGUAUUAUCUGGUCAUGCUGUUUACUCGGUCAGAAAGUGCUCUAAUGCUCUACAGAACACUCUGUAAAAUAGUUGCAGACUUGCAGUAGAGAGGGCUGUUCAGUUAAAUGAUCAGUUCCUAUUAUAUUCUAACAGAGUCAUUACAUUAUGCAAGGAAUAAGUAUCAAAAUCGCUGUUGCAACCAAUAGCAUGUUUUUCUUCUUCCAGGAAGUUAUAAUGUUUCACCGUUUUUACACCAAUUUUGGAGACAGUGGUUGAUAUCUUGAAAAAAAUAAACUGUUCAAAUUGUGCAACAAGAGAAUUCAGUACACUUUAUGACGAUCAAUUAAUUUGAUAAAAUGAAACUGGGUUUAGCAAAACUAAAUACACUUCACACCUAUUUCUGUGAGGUACUGAGUGUCACGAGCAAGGAUUAUGUGAAGAAGAAUCGGGAUGAAUGGGGAUAGAUUGGAUUAUAGUAGAUGAAAUAACAAGAAACGGUCCUGAACCUAAACGGCGCGACGCUCUCCGUCGCACUGAGAAGG